AUGGCUGGAUUGACAUGGAUCAAAUUGCACUUGAAUCCAUUCGCUAGUGUUUCAAAAUUUGAAGAUGUCUCGCCCGCAGACAGGCGGCAGUAUGUCCUCGAUUCUCUUGAGCAUUCGAGACGGAGAGAGUGGGUCUGGGUAGUCGUUGUAGCUGGAGUCGGCUUCUUGACAGACGCGUACAAUAUCUUCUCCAUCAACCUAGUCAUGCCCAUGAUAGGACACAUCUACUAUCCCGAUAAAGGCACUGUACCGCACGAGUACGCAGUCGCUAUCAACAUCGCAACACUGGGAGGAAGUAUUCUAGGCCAGCUAGGCUUCGGUCUCGCUGGAGAUUGGCUGGGUCGAAGAAAAGCCUAUGGACUUGAGCUUAUCAUCACUGUUGCCGCGGCUCUAGGAUCAGCCAUGGCCUCAACUGGUGUCAAUGGCUCUAUGUCACUCAUCGGAUGGCUCGUGUUCUGGCGGCUUAUCAUGGGUAUAGGCAUUGGAGCCGACUACCCACUGAGCGCUGUCCUUUGCUCAGAGAUGGCUCCGACCAGGCUUCGUGGAAGGAUGUUGACAGCCGUGUUUAUGUGCCAGCCACUCGGUCAACUUCUUGCUACACUAGUUCCAUUAGUUGCAGUAUACGCCGCUCGUGGGUCACUUCCGCAUGACGCCAAAGACUGUUUGCACGACUGCCAAAAGACUUUAGACGUUAUAUGGCGUUUAAUCCUGGGCCUCGGAGCAGUACCCGCAGCAGCUUCUCUCUGGUUUCGUCUGACCAUCAUAGAAAGUCCGAGAUACACUGUCGACAUUGUAAGGGAUGAUCAUCAGGCAGCUGUUGAUGUCGACCGUUAUUUCUACUCCGGCGACCACUUCUCGUCUAUAAGCCGGGAAUCUUUCCAACAGGAUCAUGAAGAUGAGAUACACACAGAAGAAUUGAACAAUCCGGUCUUUCCUCUUUCGGUUGUGGAUUCAGAUGAGAUACCACAGCCACCACAAGCUUCUUGGGCGGAUAUCAAAGAGUACUGCACCUUGGUAGCGACUUCCUUGACAUGGUUAUCGCUCGAUCUCGCUUUCUACGGGCUUGGAAUGAACGAUUAUACCACGCUCGAGAAGAUCUGGGCAAACAACCAGAUAGAGCCGCAGUUGUACCAAUCUCUUCUAGCCAACGCAUGGCAAAGCUUGUUGAUCGUGUCGCUCGGGGCUAUACUGGGCAACUUGAUUACGCUGGUCUCGAUCAACCGCCUGGGACGAAGAACCAUCCAGAUCAAUGGCUUCUUUUGGCUGUUCGUCCUCUUCCUCGUGAUCGGUACAAGCUAUCGCAAGUUGAUGGACUCACAAAGAUCUUCAGUACUCGUGGUAUUGUAUAUCUUGACACAGGUCUUCUUCAACUUUGGCCCAAAUGCAACAACCUACAUCAUCGCAGCGGAAGUAUUCCCUACGCGCUACAGAUGCACCGCUCAUGGCAUCAGCGCUGCUUUCGGCAAGUUCGGAGCUGUGCUGUCUCAAUGCAUUCUCGGUUGGAUUACAGGCAGUAUUCAGGAUGACAAGACAUAUCUACUUGUCUUCUCGGCGUUUAUGCUCAUCGGGCUUGUGUUGACGGUAUACUGGAUCCCUCGCUCGCGCGACAAGAACGGACAGACUUUGACCUUGGAAGAACUAGCGCUAGGCCGAGCUGCUGUCAAAACAGAUUAG